AUGGGAGUUCCAACUAAAGAAACUACAAUAGAAACUAAGGCGGUCGAAGAUAUAGGCAAUACAAAUAGUACAAUAACGAAAAAGAAAAGACUAACUACUACGCAUCGCAUAUCUCUUGGAGACGUAACACCAAAUAAUUUAGGUCAACUUAAACGUCUCAAUUCGGUCCUUUUCCCCGUAAAUUAUAGUGAAAAAUUUUACAAAGACGUAUUGGAAGUUGGUGAAUUUGCUAAACUUGCUUAUUUCAAUGAUGCAUGCGUCGGGGCAGUUUGUUGUCGAAAAGAACCAAUCCAAGGAACUAUACCCGAACAAACAAAACUCUACAUUAUGACAUUAGGGGUUUUAGCGCCAUAUCGUAAUCUUGGUUUAGGUACUACAUUAUUAACUCACAUCUUACACCAUGCAACAUGUGGAACACCUUCUGUUCCAAAAUUCAUUGAAAUUUUUCUUCACGUCCAAACUUCUAAUGAAGAAGCUUUGGCUUUUUAUCAAAAAUACGGUUUUGAAAUUAUUGGAACAGUUGAAGGAUAUUAUAAAAAAAUAACACCACCAGACGCCGAUACUUCUACAAAAAAUCCCGAAAAAGAUCUUAGUGGUCCAGGUUUAAAAAAUGUAUUUCUAGAAGCUAACUCUCGGACCAAAAUACCUUUUAAAGUGGUAAAAACUAAGAUUGUUCCAGAUGAAUUUAAUGAUAUACAAGACACUGUUAAACAAUGGUGUGAUAUUGAAAAAUUUGAUUUGAUUAUAACUACUGGGGGUACAGGUUUUGGUGUUAGAGAUAUAACUCCUGAAGCAAUACAACCAAUAUUGCACAAGUUUUGCUCGGGAAUUACUCAAGCAAUGUUAACUGCAUCUCUCCAAAAAACUCCAUUUGCCUCUCUUAGUCGGCCUAUCAGUGGAAUCAGAGGCAAUACUAUUAUUUUAACAGUUCCUGGAAGUCCCAAAGGAUCAAGAGAAAGUGUAGAGGCUGUGAUCAGUAUAUUACCUCAUGCUAUCGAUUUGGUAAGAGGUGGAAAAGGUGAAGACGUACAUGCACGAUUACGUCAAGAAACAAAUGUUCAAGGCAGUGGACAUGAAUGUAUUCAUGAUAAACAUGAAUGUGUUCAUGAUAAACAUGAACAUCGUUUUGAUAAAAUUGGAACAACGCGCUCAUUUUUAUCAGAUCCUUUAAGUGAUCCUGUCACAAAGCGACAACGCAAAUCUCCUUAUCCAAUGAUUUCCGUCGAAGAAGCUUUGAGCAUCGUUGCAAAUCAUGUUAAUGUUCUGCCGACCACUACCGUUCCAGUCGAUCAAAAUUUAAUUGGAAUGGUUUUGGCCGAAGAUGUGGUGGCAAAAGAACCUGUACCAGGGUAUCCUGCUUCUAUAGUUGAUGGUUACGCAGUUAUAGCGAGCGAUGGUCCGGGAGUUUAUCCGGUAGUUGGCGUCUCAAUUGCAGAUAGUAAUUCUAAACAAUUGGAAGGUGUAAUACGUCCAGGUCAAAUUGCCCGUAUCACUACGGGAGGAGCUAUUCCCAACGGUGCCACGUCCGUGGUAAUGAUUGAAAAUACAACUCUUAUACAUGCAUCAGGCGAUGGUCUUCAAGAAGAAGAGGUUGAAAUUCAUGUUCAGGCAAAUGAGGGCGAAAAUAUUAGAAAAAUUGGCAGUGACACUAGCGUUGGCACGAUUGUUGCAAGAAAAGGUGAACUUAUAUCAGCUGUAGGAGGCGAAAUAGGAAUAUUGGCAUCUGUUGGAGUAAAAGAAGUGAAAAUAUAUAAACGUCCUAUACUUGGUAUUUUAUCCACUGGAAAUGAAGUAAUAAACCAUAAUGAUUCAUCCGAAUUAAAAUAUGGUCAAAUUCGAGACAGUAAUCGACCUGCAUUAUUGGCAACUGCAAAAGCAACAGGAUUUGAAGCCAAAGAUUUUGGAAUCGUUAAGGACAAUGCAAAAGAAUUAGAAAAUUCUUUGAGAUCCGCAUUGUCCCAAGUUGAUGUAUUAGUUACCACGGGAGGCGUUUCGAUGGGUGAAUUUGACCUUCUUAAACCAACAUUAGAACAAUCAUUGGGUGCUAAAAUCCAUUUUGGAAGAUUAAAGAUGAAACCUGGGAAGCCAACCACAUUCGCUACAUUUCAAGAUAAUUCUCCUAAUUCGCAUGAAAAAUUAAUUUUUGCAUUACCCGGUAAUCCAGUUUCAGCAAUUGUCACUUUUUAUUUGUUUGUAUUGCCAACUCUUCGAAGACCUGAAUAUCAUCGAGCAAUAAUUUCAUUUGAUAAAACCAAAGGAAAGUUUAUUGCAAAUUCAACUGGUCGACAAAUAAGUAGUCGUAUUCUAAGCAUGAGAAGUUGUAAUGCUUUGUUAAAGUUACCUGGAAAAACUGAUCAUCUUUCAGAGUUAUCCCAAGGAACGACCGUUGAUGCUCUUUUGAUCGGACAAUUAAUAUAA